AUGCUGCUAGACACAGCACGCUGGAAGAACAUGCAGGGAUGCGCAUUGUGGGAGGAGGAGGAGGAGGAGGAGGAGGAGGAGGAGGAGGAGGAGGAGGAGGAGGAGGAGGAGGAGGAGGAGGAGGAGGAGCAAGAGGAAGAGAGGUGGCUGACCUGCAGCCUGUUGAGCACGCAGCACCCACUCCCCGUCCCUGCCCGCCGCCACUGUGCGCAUGCACGUGGUGGGUAG